UCUCGAAAAAAAAAGAUUAUGGGAAUAGAGGAAAAUGCUAAAUUUGGAAACAAGCAAAGAAAAACGUUUUGCACAGAUUUAUUUAAUCUAAACAUCACGAAUUAUAAACAAAUUCAUACGGGGAUUGGUAAAUUUGAUCAAGAAGCAAUGUUUAAACUUGUUUCAAACACUCUAAAAACUCCAUCGACAACAGGAGAAUAUGAAGUAAUAAUGAUAUUAGAUACAUCACCUGCAGAAAUAUUUCCAAGGAUUACCAAAGUAAUUCCAUAUUCACCAUGUAUUAUUAAAGAGUCUAAAAAAAUCUUAAAAAAAUUAAAGUCUUAUAUAGCUGUUCAUUGGAGAAUGGAGCAAAGACAGCCUGAAUUAAUGCCAAAAUGUGCCAAGAAACUAAUUAAAACAUUAAAAAAACUUCAAAAACGAUAUGGAAUAAAAUAUGUAUAUUUGGCAACUGAUUUUCCACUUAAUGGCGGUAAUCCCCAAUCACUAACAUUUCAUAAUAUUUCUAAUUUUCAUAAAGAAGCUAUUGAAAUACUUGGACUAAAUGGUACUAUUGCAAAUAGUUCCGAUCACAUAAAAAUUGAUUCGUGGAUUUCAAUGGACGCUUUCUCACAAAUUAGAGACGACCCAAAAUAUGAAUCAGAAUUUAAUAGUGCUGGUAUACACGGAAUACUUGAUAAAUUAGUUUGCAUAAAUGCAAAGUAUUUCUUAAUGGGCCCGAAUGAUUGUGCUAGGACGUCUAGUUCUUUCACAAGAGCUAUCGUUACUGAAAGGCAAAAGUUGAAGGAUAAAGAUAAUUUGAUUAAUAUUGUUUCUUCUUGGUGA